AUGAAGCCCACGCCUGAGGAAAUUCUCGAGGACCUGAGUGAUGACUUGAGGGGGUCCGAGCAGGAUGAGGCGGCAUUCCCGCAGGCGCGCGAAUGCCUGGAGCGAUAUUUUGUAGGCGACACCGCAGCGCUUGACGAGAUUGCGCUGGACCUGAGCAACGCCCCGCCAUUUUUCGGCGCUGCCUGGGAGGCCUGUAGAACCAUACCGGCAGGAGAGACCCGGAGUUACAGUUGGCUGGCCGCCGAAGCCGGUCGCCCCAACGCUGCCCGGGCCGCCGGGCAGGCGAUGGCCCGCAAUCCCCUGGCCCUGGUAAUUCCCUGCCACCGGGUAAUAGGCAGCAGCGGAGACUCUGCACGGUACGGCGCCGGUGGCCUGACGGUCAAGGCCCGGCUGCUGCAGAUGGAACAGGGGGAAUUGGGGCUCAGGAAGGAAAGCGAAACCUAG